GAUGAUUUGAAAGUGGUUGGUGAAUUAUGAUUUUUCUGUUAACUUCUGCCUGUUUUGUCUCCGAUGUGGUCAUGUUAUUAGUGACCCUGCUAGUGGGGGUUAAACACUAGCAUAUGUCGAUAUGUUAUUGAUAGAACCGGUUCGUUCGAGUGACCCUGCUUGUGGGGAUUAUACACCAGUAAAUAGUGUAGCCUGCCAGUGGGAGGUUUAUAACACUGGCCAUGACCUAUAGAGGAGACGUUUAUUUCAUUCCCAUACUAUAUCCGUUUUUCAUAAUUACACUUGUUGGCAUGCUAUAAGUUUAAUAAGGGCACUCCAUAUUUUACUUAUUGAGAUAUUUUAUCUCAUAGUUUUUCCUUGUCCACCAUUUCAGGAAGCGAAACCGAGGACGGGAAAACCAUUGGAAGUGACGAGUUAGAAGGCUAGCCAUUUUGUAAAUUGAAUAUGGAUUUUGGAUAUAGAUCAUGAUAUUGUAAGCAAGAUUUUAAUUGGAGAUUUUAUAAAUUCAUUUAAUGGAU